AUGAAAUCGCAAGAGCAAACUUUCGUAAAUCAGUUAUCCUGGAAACUGAGCAUUUGGAGCAAAUACCUGGGUGUCCAGGGCCGCGAUGGUCUAGCACUCGAUGACCGGCUGCAGGAUUACGGCGAUGUGAAGGACGCCAUCAUCGGCCUGCUGCAGCUUAUCUCAGCAAGGCUUCGAAAUGCAGUACAGUCCACCGAGGAGGCCAAUGUAACUGCCUCCGAUGGAAUCAAAAACGAUAUCUCCGAAGAGGUGGCUAUACAACAGAGAUGGCGAGUCUAUGGAGGCAGGCCCUGGGAAGCAGUCGAAAUGGCCCUAGACACAUUGUUGGAGCUCGCAGCAACCAUCAAAAAAUCGACGAUUCCAAUGACCGCUGCUCAUCUCGACGUUCACUAUCCUCGUCCAGACGAUUCCUACUUUCCUCAACUUGCGUCUACGUUAGCACGAAGCCGAUUUCCCGCUGCACCAAAGUCAUUGACUGACCAGUUAGGAUAUUCGAUAUAUCUUCGACGAAAACGGCUCUUAUAUCAGCAACGACAUGACAGAAAAGUUUCGUUUCCUUCCUCCGAGAAGCUACCGAACGUGGGAUUCUUGGAAGAGAAUUCAUCACCACCUGGAGCUCCUGAAACUACGCCCUAUCUCGUCCCCCGGGAAGUACGAGCGCGAGUGUCAUUUUCUAAUGUUGCUCCAUCCAUGACACAAGCAUCAAGAAUAGAUGGCAGUCUAUUACGUAGGAGAAUGAAGAGUCGGACAGUGAUAUCGAGCCGUGUUAGUGGAAAGAUUUCAAGAGAAGAAACCCAUAUUGAUUACCCACCACUUCCCGAACCUGAUAAGACAGCUCCCGGCUGGUGUGUCUGCCCUUUUUGUUCCAGGCCAUUAGAAUGUGCAGGUCUGAGCCCUACUAGAUGGAUAAAGCAUGUCGAAGGAGAUCUGAAGCCGUACGUCUGCAUAUCUGAGAAGUGCAGAACCUCACAUCACUAUUUCUCCUCGCAGCGAGAGUGGGCGGAUCACAUGGAGUCAUUCCAUGGCGGGUCCUGGUACCAGCGGAUUCAUAUGACAACCUGGGCUUGUAACCUCGAUCACGAAGAACAGCAGGAGUUCAAUGAUGAAGCCCAGUUUCGAGAGCAUAUUACGGCUUUGCAUCCUGAUAUCUCCGAGCUUCGGGUGAAUUCCCUAGCACGCCACAGUCGGGGCACUGGACUAAGAGAUAGAAAUGCUUGUCCUCUUUGUGAACGGGUACCCCAUGGACUGUCACAGGGCAAGGACGCAGACAUUCAACAACAGCUGCUCAGUCAUAUUGCAGAUCAUCUUAAAUCGCUUGCGUUCUUUUCUCUACCUUCCACCGAUCGACAAGUUAUCAAUGACACUAACAACUCGAGUAACAAUUCAAAUUUGAAUCGGAGUAGUUCCAACGAUGGUUUUCCGGAGUCGUUAGUUGAACAAUCUUCUAUGUCCAUAGCAGACGGCGAGGCGCCUCACUUCGAUCGCCUCUCACUCGUGCCAGAGAUUCCCCUUGACGCAGCUUCAUGCAACGUAGAGGAAGAUUGGAGCAAUCUCAACCUACCAGAAAAGGACACCGGCGACAACGUUGUUGUUGAACAUUUCAAGUCAUUGCAAGAGGCCCAGGCUACCGAUGCAGAAAGAUCGACCCGACAACAAAGAUCUAAGAAAGACAUGGAAGAACGACUAACUCUGGAAACGAAAAUCGCUCAGAAUCCGAUCGUUCAACAUACAAUCGCAAUUAUCAAUCUUUUCAGAUCUUUACGAAAAAUAGUUGGAUCAAAAUGCCCAUUAAAAACCGAAGGUUGUAGAACGGGAAUGGGCGUCCAUUUCGGAAAGAUCUGUGCUCAAGAAAGUAUAUUUAUGUUCACUUCAUCCGCAAUUUUAUCGAUAAACAUACCGCUUGAUACAUCGGAUCCCUUGGCGUUCAUGAAAAACACUGUCGACCUUGUUACAGUCGACAGACUCAAUGCCUACAUAAGGGACUGUUCACCACAACAUAAAGACUAUUUACACACAACGGAAAAUUUGCAACAUAGGCUAGAAGUGAUCAUAGACUGCCUAUCUUCAGACAAGAGCAAUCCACGAUCGACAUCUCCCGAUCCAGUCAAUUGGAAUCACGACAAGUCUGUUCUCUCGGAGGUCCAGUACCAUUGGGAUAUGACUGAAUUACAGUUGAGAAGCAUUGAUUUCUACAACGAAAUGUUGCGGGCCAUCACCCAACAAAUAUUGAACUCGGGAACAUCGAGUCGUGAUCCAAGCGAAAUCUGUCAGCGUUACCUGUGUCCUAAAUGCACAGGUACUCUCGCAAACUUUCCCAACACAACUACGUAUACACGUAAGUAUCUUGGCUCAAUGAUUGAAUUUGCCGCACCCAACGACUGCUGGAUCUGCAUGCAAAUCUGUGAAGCGUCGAGUAGGAUUGUCCAUCUCGACGAUAGCUACCUUGUCUAUGCUAACGUCAAACCCAUGAGAACGGUGCCAAAUGCUAUGGUGCUGUUAUCUGGUGACGGAAUGGAUGAUUCAUGUGUCGAAACUUGUCAUAUCUACCAGCUAGAGAGACCCAAACUUGCCUCCGCGGAUGGAACGCUCGGUCAUCUGUACCUCUUCGAAGGUGGAAAGCACCUCGGGGGUGAGAUGAACAAAUUCACUCGGAUCGAAAGGUUGCGGUUGGCUCAUGACCUGGUCGACAGUAUUCUUCAUAUCUACGACGUGGGGCUUUCUGACCAGUGUCUCGAUCUUUUCUCUGUGCAUGAGACCGUUAGACGCCCAUAUUUUACUUUCUAUGGUCGAGUUCUAGAGGACUGCGAAGUGCCGAUCUCGAAGGAGCCAUCUUUGAAUUGGACAUUGUACGUGGUUGCCAUUCAGCUAAUCGAGCUGUGGACCAACAAAAAGAUUGAAGAUCUGGAGGACGAUGAGGAGAUGGUCCUCAGUGAGGAAUUUCCGUUUGGACCGAUGUGGGGCCAUGCCGUGCAGAUUGUCGAGAGAGGACUCUUGCAAGACGCCGGAAGGAAGUACGAAGAGGCAGUGAAGUCGUGUCUUUUCUGUGACAUGGCGUGUGACGUAGCAGAAGAUUUCAGACUUCCAGAAUUCAGAAACGCUGUUCGGAGGGAGGUGUUGUCGAAACUGGCGGAGGCGUUAGAGAUGCAUAUCUUUAACGCUCAAUGA